AUGGACACAACCGAACCGCGGCGCGGGGCUUCAGAGGAUCCCGACGCCAGUGAUCACAGCAACCACAGCCCCGUGGAAUUUCAUGAAGCUAAACAGGAACUCCCGGAUGAUUUGCCCAAGUCCUUAGACGAUCGUCGCUCUGUUCCCGUCUUUCAGCCUGAGACUGAAAUGUACGAUGCUUGGCAAGGUCAAUCUCAAUUCCUGACUGCACCGGUCGCCGCAAAACCCUUAUCCUUCAGCCUAGCGCUUGACGAUCAUUCACAUGACAAUGAGCAUGAGAUGCGUGCUCAUUAUGGACGCGACAUCGAAGAUAGUGAUGCCAGAUUAAUGGAAAUGCUGGCCGCCCAGGCUGCUCAUCGGGAGGUGGAUUCAUUGACUGCGGACGAGGACACGAUCGCUGCCGACGAGAAGUUAACCGACGAUGAGAAGCGCGACAUACUCCAGAAGCGCUUAAAUAUGGCAGCCAGUAAUGGCGACGUGGAGCGCGUGCAGAAACUGGUACAGGGCCAAGCGAGAACUUUCGUCGACGUUAAUAUGGCUGAUGAUGAGGGGAUUGUACCGUUGAUAUAUGCUAGUUGCUUUGGUCACCUGGACGUCGUUUGUGCGCUCAUUGACGCCGGCGCCGUUGUCGAUAGACAGGAUCGCAACCGGUGGAGCGCUUUGAUGUGGGCCAUGACCAACAGACACAAGGUGAUAGCAAAGACGCUUCUUGACCAUGGGGCAUCGCCAGAUAUUAAGUCAUCUUCUGGGGGAACGGCUUUCGAUUUCGCGCAGCCUGGAAGUGAGAUUUCUGAGUAUCUGCAUGAGAACGGUUACAGCUUUGGCGCUGCUGCAAUUGCCAACGACUUUUAUGAUGCCGGACUGGCACAUGGUCGUUUCGAGCAAGAACUAGCCGAGAGUGAACAGAAAAGGCGAAUGAUGAUGGAAGAGAGUGCUUACAAUCUGGAGGUUGAUUUGUCCAGCUUGGGCCUUAACGAGAAAUUUGAGCCCUCUGAUGAAGAUCUCGAGGAAGAUCAGCAGGAAUUUGCCUGGGACAAAUGUUUGAAUGAUCAGAUGUUCGUCUUCCAGGAUCAUGAGCUGGAGCGUAUUCUGGACAUGAUCAUCACCGACAUGACACCCCAACGGUCUCCUUCCCAGAAACCAGUGCCCGCAAAUCUCAUCUUCCUCAGCGCCCGUUAUGCGCACUAUCACGCCAGCCCUGAGCUGCUCCAUGCUCUGUUCGCGUCUGCAAUGGAGAAGAUCAACCUCGUUGUCGCACACUAUCAGUGGGACAUGACAAUGCAAGCUUUCUGGCUGUCGAAUGUCACGCUUCUGCUCCAUUACUUGAAGAAGGAUGGUGGCCUGGUUGAAUCUACCGUUCAGUUCCAGCUCCAGCUAGCGGAGCUGAUCAAUGAUAUCUUCGUUUUUAUCAUCCGUGACGCCGAGCGUCGAAUGAACAAAGUCCUGGAUGCGGCAAUGCUGGACCAUGAGACCAUCCCUGGACUGGAAGACAUCGCUUUCCAAAAUGAGUGGAAGCUGUUCCGCAAAAAUAAAAGCAAAAUCGCCGAGUCCGACGAGAAGCGAUUUCGGCCUCCAUCGCCGCGGCGACGGGCCCAAGUCUCACCACGGAACAUCACUUCAUUACUGUCAUCAACCCUUUUCGUUCUCGAGCUCUACGAUGUUCACUCAGUGAUCGCGACCCAGAUCAUCUCCCAACUUUUCUAUUGGCUCAGCGCCGAAAUCUUUAACCGGAUCAUGAGCACGAAACGGUAUCUGGCGCGCACGAAGGCGAUGCAAAUUCGCAUGAAUGUUUCUGCCUUAGAGGAUUGGGCGCGCACGAAUAAUCGCGUGCCAGAGCAUUACGAAAAUGGAUCUACCAACACUACCGGGGAGUCUACAAUGGACGCCGCUCGUCGACAUUUAGCCCCGGUCAUUCAACUCCUUCAAUGGCUGCAAUGCUUCUCGUCCCUCGGCGAUGACCACGAAUCUCUUGUCACGACCCUUCUCCAACUACAACAACUCACCCCCACCCAGCUCCUCCAUGCGGUCAAGUCGUACCGCCCCGAAGUAGGCGAGAAAGGUCUGACCAAGCAGGCAAUGAAAUUCCUCCUCGGUAUGCAGCAGGACCCUGAAAUGCUAUUCCGUCGACAGCAGGAGAUCCAAGAAGAGAAGUCCAAGGCAGCAGCCGGACCUGGACCCGAAGCAGCAGCAGAUGGUCGUCCGAAGACACCAGUGAAGGAGCAGCCCUCCGAAGCGGCCACAUCUCCCGACGGUGGAUUAUCCCCCGGCCCAGCUGUACCAUCCCGACUUACGAGCAUGAUCGCUAGUAGGAACGACGAGCGCCCCGGUGGCAGCAAAAGCGUCUUCCUAGAUCCUACCCUCUUCCUCCCCUUCUCUCUCCCCACCAGUACAGACAUGCUGAUCAGCUACGGUGCCGGCUUCGGUGGCACAAACCGCGAACGAGCCCGCAAGUACAUUCCGACGGUUCCACCUGAGGUCUUGAGCCGAUUUGAUCGUGGCGACUAA